AUGUGGAAACCGGCGACGCGUGUGUUGAGAGCCGCUGUGUACUCUUUGCUGCUACUUCAAACAUUCCUUCACACGUCCACUGGUCUUAAUGUGUGUAUGAGUGGCAGUGCAACUUCUUGUGAGGAAUGUCUCCUGAUUCACCCCAGUUGCGCCUGGUGCGCACAAGAGGAUUUUGGGAGGGGCCGCACCCUGAUGUCACGCUGCGACUUUGUUGAAAACCUGCAAAAGCGGGGCUGCCAGAGCCGUUUUGUGGAAUACCCCACCAACAGCCUCGCGGUGCAGCAGAACAUGCCUCUGAGUUCCAAGGGGUCCGGCUUGACCCAGCAGGAUGUGGUCCAGAUUCGACCUCAGCGCAUCUCCCUUAGUUUGCGACCAGGUGAGAAAACGUGGUUUGAGCUACAGGUGCGUCAGGUGGAGGAUUACCCUGUGGACCUCUACUACCUGAUGGAUCUCUCCCUCUCCAUGAAAGACGAUUUGGACACCAUACGCAACCUGGGAACGAAGCUAGCUCUGGAGAUGGGCAAGCUCACUAGCAAUUUUCGUCUGGGCUUCGGUUCAUUUGUGGACAAGAACAUGUCGCCCUUCUCUUAUACGUCACCCAAGUAUCAGGAGAACCCCUGCAAUGGGUACAAGCUGUUCCCAAACUGUGUACCCACGUUUGGCUUCCGCCACAUCUUGUCGCUUACUGACAAAGUGGACCGCUUCAAUGAGGAGGUGCAGAAGCAGAUGGUCUCCCGCAAUCGGGACGCGCCCGAGGGCGGCUUUGAUGCUAUUCUGCAGGCGGCGGUCUGUAAGGAAGAGAUUGGGUGGAGGAAAGAGGCGUACCACCUGCUCGUAUUCACCACAGACGACGUGCCUCACCUGGCUCUGGACGGCCGUCUUGGUGGCAUUGUGCAACCUCAUGAUGGCCUCUGUCACCUAGAUGACAACAAUGAGUACAGUGCAUCCACUCGCUUGGAUUAUCCCUCUCUGGCACUUCUGGGUGAGAAACUAGCAGAAAACAACAUUUUCCUCAUAUUUGCCGUCACUAAACGGUUGUACGUCAUUUAUAAGAAUUUCACAGCACUUAUACCAGGAACGACAGUGGAGAUUCUUGACCAGGACUCGAAGAAUGUCAUCCAGCUCAUCGUCGCAGCGUACAAUAACAUCCGCUCCAAAGUGGAAUUGACAGUGUGGGACCAACCCGAGGACCUCAGCCUGUCCUUCACCGCUACUUGCCAGGAUGGCAAGCCACUGCCUGGCCUCAGGAAAUGCUCAGACUUAAAAAUAGGUGACACGGUGUCAUUUAAUGUGAGCGUGGAGGCGAGGAGUUGUCCCCUUCGUGGCACCGAUCAUCAUUUAGCCAUCAAGCCAGUGGGCUUUAAAGACCGUUUGCAUGUGGCUGUCGAGUACCAGUGCGAAUGCAGCUGCACCCAAGCAGCCCAAAUCAAUAGCACCAUCUGCAGCUCUAUUGGCACAUACAAGUGUGGGAGCUGCUUUUGCGACCCGGGCUACCUCGGUGCCCGCUGCGAGUGCCAGGAGGGGGAUGCGAGCAGCAUAUACGUGGGCGCCUGCCGCGAGAGCGAGGGCAAGCAGUUGUGCAGCGGACGCGGCGAGUGCAGCUGCAACCAGUGCAUGUGCUAUAAAUCGGAGUUCGGCAAGAUAUACGGCAGCUUCUGUCAGUGCGACGACUUCUCGUGUGCUCGACACAAGGGCAUCCUCUGCUCAGGCCACGGAGAGUGUCACUGCGGGGAGUGCAAGUGCCACGCCGGCUACAUCGGGGACAACUGCAACUGCUCUACAGAGACCGCGUCAUGCAUCGCUGACAACGGGCAGAUGUGCAGCGGACGGGGCAACUGCGUGUGCGGACGAUGCCAAUGCACACAGCCCGGCGCCUUUGGGGACACGUGCGAAAAGUGCCCCACUUGCCCGGAUGCCUGCGACACAAAAAGAGAAUGCAUCGAGUGCCGGCUGUUUGACUCUGGAAAGCUCUCAGACAACCAGACCUGCCAGCGUCUGUGCAAGGAUGAAAUCAUCACUGUGGAAACGCUCAAAACCGAUGACCCAGGUUCCGUGCUGUGCCUCUACAAGACGGACAAUGACUGUGUGAUGAAGUUCACAUACUCGGAGCAUGCCAGCGGAAAAUCCGUUCUUUCUGCCCUGAAGGAACCAGAAUGUGGCGGGGGUCCAGAUGCCCUUAUGGUCCUGCUGGCAGUGGUGGGCAGCAUCCUGCUGGUGGGAGUGUUACUGCUCAGCGCCUGGAAGCUGGUCAUCACCAUCCACGACCGCCGAGAAUUCUCACGCUUCCAGAACGCUCGCUCACGUGCGCGAUACGAGAUGGCAUCCAACCCACUCUACAAGCAACCGGUCUCGUCCAGCUUUGGCGACACGGAUAUGUUUGACAAGCCUUUUAAUGGAGGGGUCCAUUGA